UCGUGGUAGUGAUCAAAGUAAACAUGUUCAGUAAAAAUUGCAUCCUAACACGUUAAUAAUAAAUUUUAAAGUAAUUAAUUUAAUAAUAAAAUCAAUGACCACGUUAUUCAAUUAAAAACUAGAAAUAAAUGUAAGUACUGUUAGUUUUCAUAAAUAUUUUUCAAAACCGUUUACACUGUUGCCAUCUUUCACAAAAUAAACCAACCAAACAAACAAAAUUCGAAUCGAGCAUUUUUAUUGGUCAACUACAAACCGUUAAUUCGGCGCGCUAGCAACAAAACCUAACCUCGCAUUUAAACUAUUGCAAGUCACGACGAGAAUCAACCAGCAUGGAAGAAGGAUUAGAGUUUGCUAACAAUGAAGAUUUGGGUGGCAAUCUGGCAAUUAUGGUCGCUUAUUACGAACUGCACCUGAUUUUGCGUGUGAAAUGGGGUAAGGAUCAACACAAUCAACUCUCGAAUAUCCUCAAGAGCAAUCCAUCACAUUUGGCUGCUUGCAUUUGUCAGUGCUUGUCUGUUCAGUACAAUCUCAACGUAUACAACGACCUAUGGACCAAUGUGAAAUUAUUCGUGUUGACAAAGGAGAUCGAUACGGCACAGCUGGGACCUGUUGCGUAACAUGGGAUGACCAAAUCCCCCGCGGAAGGAAAGGAAUAUUUUCGGGAUUACUGGGUGGACUUGGUUUUGGUGCUGGAGUAAGUGGAUACUUAAAUGACAGUAAAGGGCGCAACAUUAAGGGUGGACUUGGAGGAACAAUUGGUAUUGGACUAGGCGGUGGUGGAGAUGAUGACCCUCCACCACCAUCGGUAGUACCUGUACCAGUAGCAGUACCAGGUCCAGCAGCAGUGGUACCGGCUGUUCCAGCAGCUUAUCCAUAUGGAUACGUGUCUGGUGCUUAUGGUGCUUAUGGCGCAUCUGAUAGAUCAAGAUAUGUUGUUAACGCAUACUAAAGCAUUGCAAAAAAAUAAAAUAAAAUGAACUAAAGCAUUAAA